GGCAAGGCAGGCGGCGACGUUCCGCUGCAAGAGCAGCUCGGACCGGACGGUCAGGACGAAGGUUUUUAAAAGUGUCUUUGUCUGCAGCCAAGUGUGAGGUUGUGCUGAGUCCCCGUUAUUGUGUGCAACAGCACCAUGGCAGCUAUGGGACCGGAGAACAGUGCUGGGUCGGGGCCGGGCGGGACGGCGGCCCACCGGGCGGGACGGCAGGGCGGCGCGUCUGCAGCGACGCACAGCAACGGCGAGCUCAGAGGCCAGCAGACUCUGGUGCAGACUCACAGCUGCGUCCAGCCUGACAAGGCGCUCGGCCAUCAUCCCAGGACCAAGGCGGCAGGCUGGGGCAACUUUGCUGCUCCGCUGCAGAGCGUGGGAGCUGCCGCGCACCUAAGCAACGUGCCAACCAGAGCGGAGGCUCCGUACAGCUUCCGGAGCGCGGAGUCCGUGGAGAUGGACGAGAUAAUGGCGGCCAUGGUUCUGACCAGUUUGUCCUGUAGCCCGGUGGUGCAGAGCCCUCCACAGACGGAGCCGGGUCCAGGUCUGACUUCCUUUCGUGCUGGAUCGUGCUCGUCUGUGGACAUGGAGAGCGGCGGCGGCGAGCUCUCGGACAGCGGCAGCAGUGGCUACUGGAGCUGGGACCACGGCAGCGUGAGCCCCGCCCCCUCGCCGUCCGUCACCGAGGUCGACAGCAGCCCCGAUGAAGGCCUGCACAUGGAGCUGGAGCAGGGCGGGGAGCUCACUGCCAAAAAGCCAAAGAGCUCUCUGCGAUGCGUGUAUAGGUGUCUGUGGCCCAGUUGCGGCAAAGUGCUAACGUCUUCUGUUGGAAUAAAAAGACACAUCCGUGUGAUGCACCUGGGCACUGGGUCGGAUCAGUCCCAGAGAGAGGAGGACUUCUACUACACCAAGAUCUGCUGCGAGACCAUGGAGGCCGGUCCUGCUCCGGGGCCAGCCCAGCAGACUCCAGGCCAGGCCCCUCCUGCUCUCCUCAGCUGGGCCUCGUGCGCUUCCCCCUCGGGCUCCGAGCUCCAGGUCCACGUGGCCCACAGGCCCAGGUCCAACUCCAGCUCUUUGCCGGGGCCCAGCAGGCCCUGCCCGCUCAGCCAGUCGGCCCCCAGCAGCUUCUGGCAGAUCCACACCGAGCAUCUCUAUCAGGCCUGCAGCCCUGUCCAGGUAUCUGUGGCCCCCAAAAACGUGUGCAAUCAGGGUUGGACCCCCACUCCCUCAGCAUCCGGCCAUAGCAACACUCCGAUGGUGAAACCUCGCUGCCGCUCAGUCAGCGUCGGGGAGCAGUGGCUGCAGCAGAACAGGCUGCAGCCGAUGAGCGCGUCGCCCUCCCGCACCCACUGCUCCUUCAGGAAGGGCCGCGGAGAGGCCAAGAAGUGCCGCAAGGUGUACGGCGUGGAGCGCAAGGACCAGUGGUGCACCGCCUGCCGCUGGAAAAAGGCCUGCCAGCGCUUCCCCGACUAGUGGCAGCCGGCUGACCAAGGGAGCAAACUGGACGGAUGAGUGUGGACAGAGACUUUUAUCAAAAGAGAAGAUUAUAAACCAGGGCCUAAGAGCCAUCAAGAAAAACAAACUUCUUGUGUUUUCCUCUUAUUUUUAAGUUUUUUUUUUCU